AGCAAGGCAAGUGAUUGAUGCCCAUGAGGAGUAAAGGAGCGUUAGCAUUAGCAACAGUGAGGACCUAUUAAUCUCUUGUUUUUUCUCCCUCCGAGCUGCAAUUUGCAAUACCAACAGCAACAGAAUCACCUCCCCCGGCCACCACCACCUCCGACUCCGAUCCCCACACGUUCAUGUUGUCCAGUCUAACACUUCUCUCAUGAUAAGCGCAGCGACCAUGUCCAAGCUAAAGGGGGACGACGAGGAUGGCGGCGGCGGAAAUGGUCAAGGAUCCGUCUUUGCCGCGGCGGCCAAGCGCCUCCGCAAGUCGCCGGCGCCGGAGCCCACCUCCGUGCUCUACAACCGCAGCCCCAGCCCGCCCACAUCCUCCUCCCUCGGCGUCGCUGCCUCCUCCUCCGCGCCCGAGCCGCCCCCCAUCAGCGCCGAGGACUGGGAGGCCGUCCUCUCCGGCGACAUGACCGCGCCACCGACCGCGCGGUGUCAGGACAUUUCCUUCCUCCGCUGGAUCAUGGACGCGGAUGGCGAAGGCGACGCCUUCGGACUCAAAGGCCCCGCCUUUGACCCCUUCCUGCCUCCGCCGCCAUGCCAAGAACCCGCCUUCGAGGCGUUCCGGCUGCCGCAGCUCCCGCUCCCCGUUGCCGAGGAUCUCGAGCCUCAGGCGGCAGUGGAUGAGCUCCUCGAGGCGGCGCGCCGCGCCGACACCGGGGACUCCACUGGCGCGCGCGGGAUAUUGACGCGGCUCAAUCAUCGGCUCCCCUCGCCGCCGCCACCGGGGUACCCUCCUCUCGUACGCGCCGCAGCUCACCUCCGGGACGCGCUCCUGCGCCUCCUCCUCCAGCCCACCGCCCUCCCGCCCGGCUCCGUCUCAUCGCCGCUCGACGUUGCCCUGAAGCUCGCCGCGCACAAGGCCCUGGCGGACGCGUCCCCGACCGUCCAGUUCGCCAGCUUCAUGUCCACGCAGGCGCUCCUCGACGCCCUCGGCGGCGCGCGUCGCGUCCACCUGGUCGACUUCGAUGUCGGCUUUGGCGGCCACUGGCCGCCGCUCAUGCAGGAGCUCGCGCAGCAGUGGCGCCCCGCCGCCGCGCCGCUUCCUCCGCCAAUAUUGAAGGUGACGGCUUUGGUCUCGCCGGGGUCAACGCACCCCCUCGAGCUCCACCUCACUAACGAGAGCCUGGCGCGCUUCGCCGCCGAGCUCGGCAUACCAUUCGAGUUCAACGCCAUCAUGUUCGACCCCUUCGACCCGUCCCCGCCCAUGAGCUUGUCCGCUAAACCCUACGAGGCCGUUGCCGUCCACCUCCCGGUCGGCUCCGGAGCCUGCUCGCCGUCGCCGGCGACUCUCCGUGUCGUGAAGCAGCUCCGUCCCGCCAUAGUCGUGUGCGUCGACCACGGAUGCCACCGCGGCGACCUGCCGCUCUCGCAGCACGCCCUCAACGUCGUGCACUCUAGCGCAGCGUUCCUCGAGUCGCUGGACGCAGCAGGCGCGUCACCGGACUCAGUGGCGAAGGUCGAGAAGUUCAUCCUGCGUCCCAGGGUCGAGCGCCUAUUAUUCGGUGACAAGCGGCCUCCAUGGCGGCCCAUGUUUGCGUCCGCCGGGUUCGCGCCGGUGCAGCUCAGCCAUGCGGCGGAGGCACAGGCCGAAUGCCUUCUCAGGCGCACGCCCACGCCGGGCUUCCAUGUCGAGAAGCGCCAGAAGGCGCUUGCACUGUGGUGGCAGCGGUCGGAGCUCGUGACCGUGUCUGCGUGGCGAUGCUGAAGGUUGAUUCCGGCAUUGGUACAGUUGUUGUUCUUGCCAAAGAUUGAAUCUUUUAACGUUGUAGUAGUUGUCAAGUUGUUUUGUGAUAUAGCAAUUGGGUAAUGCAAUGGAAUUCUUGCCUGGGAGUAAUUCCUGCUCCUUGGCAAGGUUGUACAAUCAGUAAUUCAGUAUGCAGUAUGAAAAAUUGAAAAUGGGAAUGCUGAAGAACGUUAGCCCCCCAGCUUGUCUUUAAGGUUAUUUCAGUGGGAAUCGGGAAGAAAAUUCUAGGGGAACGGAAGAAAAAAGUGAGUAGUAGGUAUUAUUCAGUUGAGUACCAAUGGAGAGCAACUGAAAGGUUUCUGAUACCCUGUGGAGAGUAGGCAGUAAAUCUAACAAUCAGUAUGUGCAGUGGAGCAGUGCUAUGGUUGGCAUCAGCUUGUAACUAAGGGUUGUUGAGAUGGCAUGGAAAUGGAACUGCAGUUCGCAAUGUCAAUGAAACUAAGGGUGACAGGCAUGCAUCCUCAUACCUACCAGUAAACAAGGAAACAUUUCUGUUCAGACGUCGGCAUCUGUGAGAUGACACUGUCUUUGGAUCAUGUGCGAAUGACAAUCUUGCUUGUUUUUUCAGUAGCCAUUUCAGGAACAUUAGGAAAGCCACACACUUAUAGUAACAACUUUUUAAACUG